GAGCGUCCUACUCUUGAUUUCAGCUCAGGUCAUGAUCCCAGGGUCGUGUGAUCGAGCCCCAUGUUGGGCUAAGCCCCCAUGUUGGAGCCUACUUAACAUUUCUCUCUCUCUCUCUCUCUCUCUCUCUCUCUCUCUCUCUCUCUCUCUCCCCUCCCCUCUCUCCCCCCCCCUGCCUUCCUCCCCAGCUUGUACAUUGUACAUUCUCUCUCUUAAAACAAAAGAGAGAGAAUAAAACAUUUCCAGUCCCAUAUGAUUUCUGGAGAUUAUCAACAGUCUGACUGCCCAUUUCCUUCUUCCUAACCAACCUCCAUACUGCUGGUGUUGGCCCUCUUUCUUUCCAUACUGUGUCAAAAUGCCCUUUCUCUAUUUCCUUUUCUGUCCAUCCUCUAUUCCCCAAGAAAUUGUUAUUUUCACACCUUUUGCUUUUGUACAUGCCUCUCCCUUUGGUUGCACUUUCUUUCCCCAUCUUUUAGUUUGACUUUUUUUUUUUUUAAUGUUUUUUAUUUACUUUUGAGAGAGAGAGCACGAGCAGAGGAGGGUCUGAAAGAGAGGCAGACAGAAGAUCUGAAGUGGGCUCUGCGCUGAGAGCAGUGAGCCCAUUGCUGGGUUCAGACUCACAAACUGUGAGAUGGUGACCUAGCUGAAGUUGGACGCUCAACCGACUGAGCCAUCCAGGGCCCCUAUCUUUGAAAAAAAAAUUUUUUAAUGUUUAAAUAUUUUUGAGAGGCAGGGGAAGACAGAGGAUCUGAAUUAGGCCCUGUGCUGACAGCAGGGGGCCUGAUGCGGGGCUCAAACCUAUAAACCAGAGAGAGACCAUGACUUGACCAAAGUCAGACGCUCAACCGACUGAGCCACACAGGCCUCCUGACUUUUUUUUUUUUUUUUUUAAAUCAUUCACGUCUCAGGUCAGAUCUUCUCUAACUCCUCCAAAUUCAGCUAGGUCUUCUUUUUGAGUUCCCAUCAGAGCACUUAUUAUGCUGACGGAUUGUAUAAUUGGGUACAAGUCUGUGUGUUUAUGAGCCUGUAUUAUAAAUUCCAUGAAGGCAGGGACUUAGGCAUUUCAUCUGUCUGUAUCACAGUGCCUGGCACAUGGUAGGCAGGCAGUAAAUAUGGAAAGAAAAAUGAAACAAAAUAGAGGGUGUAACUUUUCCUAGUCUCACCAUAAAUCGUAGAGAACCACUCCUUUUUAGAGAUGAAGGUGACACCCUGAGGUUAUGCAGCUAAGUAAUUAACACAGCUGAAAAACAGAACUCCUGAGUCCCAGCCUAGUGUUCUAUCACUUUAAGAAAAUGUUUUUUUGAGGAAAAAAAAAAAAAAAGAUUUUUUUGCUUAUUAUAAAGGCAUUUGUUUAAUGUAGAAUAUUUGGAAGAUACAGAUACACAGAAGGGAGAAAAAGGAAAAAUACAAUCAGCCUAUUCCCACCACCCAGAUAGCAACCAUCCUUCCAGCGUCUUCUGUGCACAGUGAUAUGUUUAUGUUUGCACUAUAUCAUCGAGUGAUGACGACAGCUUGCGUUUACUCAAUGCUUGCAGGAUAGGCACUGUUCUAAGUGCUUUACAUGUGUUCGACUCAUUUAUUAUAGCAAUGCUACGACGUAAAUACUAUUGUCUCCACUUUUCAGAUGAGGAAAUGGAGGCACAGACGUGAUAAGUAUCUCAAGGUCACUCAGCUAUGAAGUGUUAGAGCCAAGAUUUAAACCCUGGCUAUCUAGCUUUAGAGCCUAUAAUUCAUUCCGUUCCAUUCUGCCUCUAUGCGUGGUAUUUUGUAAUCUGCUUUCUUUUAAAAAUUGAGAUCAGUUGAUAGACAGUCCUCAUUCUUGGUACAGUUCAGUGAGUUUUGAUAAAAAGCAAAACCACCACCAUAAUCGAGAUACAUGGGGUAUUUCCAUCAAGAAGUUCCAUUGUGCCUCUUUGUAAACCAUCUGCUUCCCCAUUCUCCAUGCCUGGCAACCACGGAUUUUAUUUUCUGCCCUCAUAGUUUUGUUUUUUUCCUGAAUUUCAUAUAAACGCAGUCAUUCCAUAUUGGUGGUGUUUGUAUUGUGACAUUGGCCCAAUAAUCUUCACAUGGUCUUGUUGGGGGAAAAGGCGUUGCUUAAAUGAAGGAUUUCUGAUAUUUUUUUUUUUCAUCUUUUUCUUUCCUUUCCGUAUUACAAUAUUUAUUGAACCUCUUACAACGCAGGGGGGUGAACGAGGAUGAGCAACUGUGGCCUCAAAGCCCCCUGGUUUGCCCUGUGAGUAGGGGCCGUGGCAGAUGAUGGUGACACAGUUGAUUCUUGUACUUUAUCUACUUUCCUACUGGAACACAUUGCUCCGCGUAGAGGUUUUUGCUUCUGUGCCUCUACAGUUUAUGCCUUGCUAAGCUUUCAGGUGCUGAGGAACUUUGUGGGGAGAAGGCUCUGGUGGCACACCGCUGUCAGCCUUGCUGACCACCUUGGGUGAACAUGCCAGUGAGUGUCCUGAUGGCAGCUGUUUCCAUGGUUACCUGGGUAGUUUUCUCAAUUUAGUCUGUUGGUGUGGCUGCCCUGAUUUUCUGCCCUGUGACUUGAAUGAUGCAACUGUGGCAUUUAAGUAGUAAAAUCAAAUGGUAAGGUAAGUUGAGAUUGAUAAGAUAGGGUAUGAAUCUCAAAAUUUUGGUGGGCUGCUACUGUUGUUGCAGUAUGCUGUCUCUGACACUAGCUGGCAUCUUAAAUUUUGUUUUCAAGUUUAUCUUUGAGACAGAGAGAGGGAGACACAGAAUCUGAAACAGGCUCCAGGCUCUGAGCUGUCAGCACACAGCCUGAUGUGGGGCUCGAACUCUAUAAACGGUGAGAUCAUGACCUGGGCUGAAGUCGGACGCUUAACCGACUGAGCCACCCAGAUGCCCUGACACUAGCUAGCAUCUGAAGAACCUUUCUUUUCUUUCUAAACAGAAAAGUCAAAUAUGUACUGAGCUCUAUCUUCUUUUAGAGACUUUAUCAGCAAAAUACCCGCAAAUUGCUAAGCAGUAUCUGUUCACUCAUUUAUCCAUUCAUUGAGCACAUUCGCCAAUUAACGAUUAUGUUUAUGGUACCCUUCUUGAUGCUGUGAUAUGGCUUAUUUCAAAGUAAAUUCUUCCUGAGUUUUUCCCUUGGUACUGACUGCCUUUCCUCCCAAUUUGGUAUCUUUCAUCUGUAAACAUUUUAAAAACAAAUGUCAAGUGAAAUAAAGUAGUGCAGUGUUAUAGGUCCUUGUUCCACUUUGGUGCAGACUUUGCACAAGAAGGGAGAGAGGCACAGGAGAGAAGAGGAAACCUGGUCAUGUGAUACUGCUUGUCUGGCAGAAGCCUUUUGCUUCUGAGCAGAGAAACCAGCUGUUUACUAUUUUGGGUGAAUGAGGUUGGUUGGUUGCUACGAGCAUUUUCUCUAAGGGAACCCUCUUCUCUUCCAGCUCUACACAUUGAAAUCAUCCCAGUCCUGCUUUUUGGCAUUUGGGUAGAGGAGGGAGGUGUCUAUGUCGUGGCCCAGUGCUGACAGGAAGAAAUGUUUUCCAGGAGACUUACUGAUUCUGACCUUCUGCUGUCACCGCUUUUAACGCCCCACUCCCUAAGUAAACGGGAUCUAGCUGUUCUUACAACCCUUAGCACUGCAGAAAUGAAGUACCCACCUUUAACCUAAAGAGCAAUGCUAAUCAGAUUUUCAGCAGAUAAUAAAUGGCCUCUUUAAGGAGUGAGGUAAGGAAGACAGGGUUAUUGCAACACUGGCCUUUGGAGCCUCACAUCUCCCCCAGCAUGCUGGAGGAGAAGACCAAGAUUCAUCAACCCACCUGCAGGAUUCUGCCACUCUCAUGGAUUGUCCUGGAGCCGGGAAAGGACAGCUACUCAGCAGUGUGCCUGGCCCCUUAUCACAGUUUGCGGGAAGUGCUGCAGUUGAAGCUCCAGCAGCGCCGGACUCGAGAAGAACUGGUGAGCCAAGGGAUCAUGCCGCCUUUGAAAAGUCCAGCUGCGUUUCAUGAGCAGAGAAGGAGCUUGGAGCGGGCCAGGACAGAGGACUAUCUGAAACGGAAGAUUCGUUCCCGGCCGGAGAGAUCGGAGCUGGUCAGGAUGCAUAUUUUGGAAGAGACCUCGGCCGAGCCUUCCCUCCAGGCCAAGCAGCUGAAGCUGAAGAGAGCCAGAUUGGCCGAUGACCUCAACGAGAAGAUUGCACAGAGACCGGGCCCUAUGGAGCUGGUUGAGAAGAACAUUCUGCCUGUGGAGUCCAGCCUGAAAGAAGCCAUCAUUGUGGGCCAGGUGAAUUACCCGAAAGUAGCGGACAGCUCUUCCUUCGAUGAGGACAGCAGUGAUGCCUUAUCCCCUGAGCAGCCUGCGAGCCACGAGUCCCAGGGCUCGGCGCCAUCCCCCUUGGAAGCCCGAGUCAGCGAGCCACUGUCCAGUGCCACCACCCUAUCCCCCACUCAGGUGGUGUCUCAGCUCCCAGUGGGCCCGGAUUCCGGAGAAACACUUUUCCUGGCAGAGCAGCCUCCUCUGCCUCCCAGCCUCACCAAUGGAACCACAGCCCCCCCUGCCAAGCCCACCCCGACGCUUAUUAAGCAAAGCCAACCCAAGUCUGCCAGUGAGAAGUCGCAGCGCAGCAAGAAAGCCAAGGAGCUGAAGCCAAAGGUGAAGAAGCUCAAGUAUCACCAGUACAUCCCCCCGGACCAAAAGCAGGACAAGGGGGCGCCCGCCAUGGACUCCUCCUAUGCCAAGAUCCUGCAGCAGCAGCAGCUCUUCCUCCAGCUCCAGAUCCUCAACCAGCAGCAGCAGCAGCACUAUAACUACCAGACCAUCCUGCCCGCCCCGCCAAAGCCUGCAGGUGAGGCUCCGGGAAGCGGCGGGGCCCCCCCGAUACGCAGCCUCUCCACUACCGGUAGCGGCUCCAGCUCGGGUGCUCCUGGUCCCAGUGGGUUGGCACGUCAGAACAGCACCUCACUGACUGGCAAGCCGGGAGCCCUGCCUGCCAACCUGGAUGACAUGAAGGUGGCGGAGCUGAAGCAGGAGCUAAAGCUGCGGUCACUGCCCGUCUCAGGCACCAAGACAGACCUGAUCGAGCGCCUGCGUGCAUACCAGGAACAAGUCAGCCCUGCCCCAGGAGCCCCCAAGGGCCCUGCCGCCCCCUCCAUCUUGCCCAAGGCUGGUGAGGUGGUGGUCGCCUUCCCGGCCACCCGGCUAAGCACAGGGCCUGCCCUGGUGGCGGCGGGCCUGGCCCCGGCUGAGGUGGUGGUGGCCACAGUGACCGGUAACGGAGUGGUGAAAUUUGGCAGCACGGGCUCUACACCCCCCGUGUCUCCCACCCCCUCAGAGCGCUCACUGCUCAGCACGGGCGAUGAGAACUCCACACCCGGGGACACCUUUGGAGAGAUGGUGACGUCGCCACUGACCCAGCUCACCCUCCAGGCCUCACCGCUGCAGAUCCUCGUGAAGGAGGAGGGCCCCCGGCCCGGGUCCUGCUGCCGGAGCCCCGGGGUGCGGGCCGAGCUGGAGGGGCGUGACAAGGACCAGAUGCUGCAGGAAAAGGACAAGCAGAUCGAGGAGCUGACCCGCAUGCUGCGCCAGAAACAGCAGCUCGUGGAGUGGCUGAGGCUGCAGCUGGAGCAGGAGAAGCGGGCGCAGCAGCCCGGCCCCGCCCCCGCCCCCCUCAGCACCCCAGUGAAGCAGGAAAACAGCUUCUCCAGCUGCCAGCUGAGCCGGCAGCCCCCAGGUCCCGCACACCCCUUCAGCCCCAGCCUGGCGGCCCCCACUGCCCACCACGCGGACGCUUGUCCCCUGGUGGCCCCAGCCGUGGUGGUGAAGCAGGAAGCCGUGCUGCCGGAGCCUGAGCCAGCCCCCGCUCCCCAGCUGCUGCUGGGCCCACAGGGCCCCAGCGUCCUCAGGGGGGUCACACCUCCCACCCUCAUCACCGACUCCACAGGGACCCACCUUGUCCUCACCGUGACCAAUAAGAACGUGGACAGCCCCGGCCUGGCCGGCGGGAGCCCCCAGCAGCCCUUGUCCCAGCCUGGUUCUCCGGCAGCCCCUGGCCCACCAGCCCAGAUGGACCCAGAGCACCCAUCACAGCCCCUCUUUGGGACCCCCACUUCUCUGCUGAAGAAGGAGCCGCCUGGCUAUGAGGAAGCUGUGAGCCAACAGCCCAGACAGCAGGUGAAGAAGGAAAAUGGUUCCUCCAGCCAGCAGAUGGAUGACCUAUUUGACAUUCUUAUUCAGAGUGGAGAAAUCUCAGCAGAUUUCAAGGAGCCACCACCAUCCCUACCAGGGAAAGAGAAGCCCCCCUCGACAGCAACCUGCGGGUCGCCCCUGGCCGCACCGUCCCCACCCUCCGCCGAGCUCCCCCAGGCCACGCCACCUCCCUCAGGCUCACCUGCCCUCCCUGGGCGCCUGGAGGACUUCCUGGAGAGCAGCACGGGGCUGCCCCUGCUGACCAGCGGGCACGAGGGGCCAGAGCCCCUCUCCCUCAUUGACGACCUCCACAGCCAGAUGCUGAGCAGCUCUGCUAUCCUGGACCACCCCCCCUCGCCCAUGGACACCUCGGAAUUGCACUUUGCCCCCGAGCCCAGCAGCGUGGGCCUGGACCUGGCUGACGGCCACUUGGACAGCAUGGACUGGCUGGAGCUGUCGUCGGGAGGCCCCGUGCUCAGCCUGGCCCCGCUCGGCACCACCACCCCCAGCCUCUUCUCCACGGACUUCCUCGAUGGUCACGACUUGCAACUCCACUGGGAUUCCUGCUUGUAGCUCUCGGGCUGCAGGGCCAGGAUGGGAGGGGCUGGAAGCUGGGGAGAGCCUGAUCCCACCUCUGUGUGGUCGUGAGUCCUGACAAUCAUAGGCUCUGCUCUCCCCGCCCCAGGAGGCUGGAGCAGGCCGUGCCGCCCCCUGGCUCAGACUCACCAAGGAGACAGGCUGCCAAGGAGCAGCUUUGGUCUAACCCCAGAGUUCAGGAGGCCUGGACAGGCCAGGGCCGUUCUAUUGACCUCCUUUUGUGAGGUCGGAGGUGCAGUCUGGCUGCAGUUGGCUCAGGCAGGCGAGGCCCAGGGUCACUCUCUUUCCUUCUAGUCCCCUUUCCCUAUGAGGGAAGAAACCAGCUUGGGCCUCUACCUCCCCAUCCCCUCGAUGCCAACCCCAGGGUCCCAGGCUUCUGGGAGGGGAGCCCCUUGCCAUUUUAGUGUCUUGGUGUAGUGUAACCAUUUAACGGUUGGUGGCAAACGUUUCCUGUACAGGUGUAUAUACCUCUAUAUUCUAUAUCGCCAUACAUAUAUAUACAUAUAUUUUUGGGGGCUGGGAGGUGGAUUGGAGCUCCCUCCCAUCCUGUGCACAAUAUAGAAGGGCCCAGAGACCACUGCUCCUGGGGUUAGAUGCAGCCUUCGUCCGCCCCAUCACGCGUGUUUGACAUGUAGACACCCUGCCACCGCCUGUGCCCCACCUGUGCCCUGCUCCAUACUUGUGCCACAAGGGCAGAGGUGCCUCCUUGGCCACCCGCCCACAUUCCGUCCCACUGCCUCAUCGCAGCCACCACGGCCCUGGGACGGGAGGUGGCGGGGGGUUGGGGGGGGGGGGGCAUCAGCCCUCAAACUGAGGCCUCCUCAGCUCCCUCUGGCCUGUCACUAUCAUUAAUGGGAUUAGGGAUGGAAUCACCAAACCAGUGCUGGGACAGAGGUCGGGAAGCUGUGUGGACUUUUUUAAAAUAAAAACAAAAACACUGA